AUGAACCUGAUAGGAUUAUCGCUCGUGGGGCUGUGUUUGGUCAGUGUGUGCAGCGCGUUUCCGGCAAAUUGCAAAGAUCUACAAAUUGACGACAUCAGUGAUUGCGAAACCACCGAAUACGAAGAAUACCGCACCUGCAUCGAAGAGCACAGGACAUCCCGAGCGAAACGGCAAGCCGUCCUAUGUCCGUCGAUGAUCGUCGAGCCGGUAAUACAUACGGUAGCGCCUUACGAGAUCCUAAUCCCAGUGGAGCCCCUAUCAGUGGCCGUAAAGCCCGAGCCAUUACCCAACCACCCCUUGCUGAAGAGCUUGGAUCGCACCGUGAUCGUGCAACCGGGAGCUGACGGUGCCGACAGUAGCGAGAACAGCGUGCAGUACCGAGUACCACUCAACGUGACGACCGUGAUCCGCCUGACGAACGUUGUCAACAACACCAACCUCAUCCACAUGCCAACCACACUCAACAACACCAACGUUAACAACAUCCACGUGUACGCCAACCUCACCGAAACCGCCGCAAAUGAAAGCGGCUCCGAGACGUGUUGUACGGCAGUUCGGGCCAAAAACUGUAGCCCAUCGACGGACGGUGUUCGCUGUUCGCACCAGAAGUACCACACCUGUGGACCGCAGUGUACCGCUCCGGUCGUGCACGUGCAGCAGCGUAAGCGAUGCAACCGCGAGACAGGCGGCUGCCAAGAGAAGAACGCUUAUGUGCCACAACCGAGCAUGCAGACCUGCGUGUACAUCGACGACUGGCCAUAUGUCGCAUGCGGGAAGGUCGCCAACAUGAGCGUUAUUUGCGCGGGUUGCUACGACCACUACGGUGAAGGAUAUGAGGCGUUCCAUGGGCAUGGUCAGAUCGCGGACCAUUGCCGCGGUUGCUACGACGACGCGUUCGAUGUCGGUCCGCUGUACCGGCGUGGUCCCGUUCUGCGACCGUUUUACUAUCAUCAACCACCGUGCUUCCUGACGCGAAGCUGUCCCGAGAGAUACGAGGACUGCGGGUACGGAUGCUACGGGCACGAUCAGAUCGAUCCCGUCUGGGGCAUGCCGGACAGUGAUCCGUUCGAUCCCGUGCUCGAUGCGUCCAACACGAUCUUCUACAACCCGGAUGAUGUGAGGGCGCCGACUAACGAGACAUCUGACUGGGGCGUCCCGGUGGUCAAGUGUGCCGAAGUUAAGGACGGAAAAACCGUCACCUUGAGGAACUGCACCGAUAGCAUCGGCAAUCCGUACAUGGCGGUGUCGGUGCCCGUGCCGUAUACGAUGCAGCAGUCUGCAACACAAAACACAAAAGGGGAAGAUGCCGAGGAAACGGAAUACUUUUCCGGUGAUGAUUUGUUGAACAAUGACACGGUCGCUUUCGAGGAGUACAGUGACGACGAGGACUAA